GAAAUCAGAGACUACGAUUUUCCGUACGGUUUUCGUCUGAUCGUAUCAGAUCAAAUAUGAUCAAACGUACGAUUCUUGUAAGGUCUUAUUAUCUGAAUGUUCGCCCUGGGUAAUCUUAUAGUGAAAUCUUACCGGACAGCAAGAUUUUGGAUGGAUCUUAUAGUACGACUUAAUAUAAGAUUGCAUGAACCACGAUUUUUCGUACGAUUUUCAUCUGAUCUUAAAAGAUCAUAUAAGAUCAGACGUAGGAUCUUAUAAGAUCUUACUGUCUAAUUUGUCGACCUGGGUAGUUCCAUGUGUUGGAAUAAAUUCUUAAGCGAUUAAAUACGUUCUAAUUUAAAUGAUGCAUCCUUUAGUUUUGAAAAUACAUCUUCUAUAUAUUAGUGUCUAUCUGAUAAUAAAGUUAUACCACUUGUUAAAUUAGUUUGACCAAUCAAAUUUAUUGUUAUUUUAGAUAGUAAUGUCGAAUAAGUUAUUUUUUCACUCCAAGUUCAUAAAAGAUAGAAGAACAGAUAAAGACAUUGUACGUAUAUCAUCAGAAACGAUAAGAAAUUGAUUCUUACUUUAUCUUAUUUUUCUCUUCCUAAUACCCGACACAUUCACCGACGUCUGCUUAUAAAAUGACGAAGAAUCUUCUCGUCGGUGUUUUUAGUCUGUAUUAUCUAUUCUAUAAUGUACGAAAGUAAAUUGCGCACAUCAUUGUUAAAUAAGUUUAUCUUGUCUUUAUUACUUUGAUUUUCUUGUCAGGUGUAAAUGUGAUUAGUAAAUUUUUAUUAAAAUGAAUCAACAAAAGAGAAUCAAUGAUUUGAUAGAGAUAGGUCGUUAGAGAAAGAAGAAAAGAUUAGAUUUACAACGUAAAAAUUACAAAUAUCAUAUUGAUUUAGCAAAGAAUAUUGUUGAAAGUUUCACUGCAACAGCUUACCACUUCACAGUUGAAGAAGAAAAUGAUGAAUUUAAAUGGAAUGAUUCAAUUAGUACUUUGCACAACAAUACAAAUGGAACAGGUAGUUCCAUUAUCACAAAUUAUGAUCAAUAUUUACACAGUGACUAUUUACAAGAUGUAAAUAAUAGUGCAUUUCUUACAUCAAAAACAAUUGUUCAAGAACAAGAAUUAACAUCAAGCAAUAGUUCAAAUUAUUUGAAUAUGGAUAAAAGUAAAAAAUUUGAAAGUUUUACAAUUCAAACUGGAGGAGAUAGUGAUGAAGAAGCUAAUUCUCAAUCGGAACAAAGUCAUCAAGUUCUAUUAUAUCAACAUACAAAUAUUUUACGUGAUAAUGUUUGUUUUAAAUUUUUACAACUUAUUCGUCAAUCUCAAAUUAGUAAAACCAGUGCAAAUAAAUUGUUAUUGUUUAUUAAAAGUCUGCUACCUGUUCCAAAUUCAAUUCCAUCAAAUAUGAAUAAUUUAUCAGCACAUUUAAAUAUUGUCGAUUAUUUUCAAAAAAGAACCGUUUGUAUUUUAUGUCCAAAAAAUUUACAAAAUAAUCAAACAAAAUGUAAUAAUUGUUUAACAGCUGAAACUAAACAUGUUGCUCACAUUCUUGAUACUAAUAUUUCACUUUUAUUAACAAAAAUUGUAUCUCGAUUAAAAAAUGAAAUUUAA